AAAACAGACACAAUAAAAAGUUCCCCUCCACCACACGCUGGUCCAAGUUUUCUCCUCUAGGGUUUUGCCUUUGGAACCCAUCCAUCCAUCCAUCCAUCCAUCAGGAAGGAUCAGGUCAAAUCAGAUCAAAUCCUCCUCUCUUCCACUUCUAAAUCAAACAGAGUACAUCUUCCUUCUGAUUUGAACUAAAAGCCUAUCAAUCCUUCUCUUUUCCCUUAACUUUUGAUUUUGAUUUUUUUUUUAGUACUUAUUGUUUUGAUUUAUUAAGAUGGGAAGAGGAAAGUUUAAGGGAAAGCCUACCGGUCAGCGUCACUUUUCUACCCCCGAGCAGAUGCUUGCUGGCACCUCAACCCGUCCUCGCACGUUUAAGCGGGAGGAAGCUGAGUAUGAAGAGGAAAAGAGGGAAGAGGAAUCUGAGGAGGAAUCCGAAGAAGAUGAUCCUGAUCAAAAGCGGAAAGGAACUCAAGGUAUUAUUGAGAUUGAAAAUCCUAAUUUGGUGAAAGCGAAGAACUUGAAAGCUAGAGAUGUUGAUACUGGGAAAACAACAGAGCUUUCAAGGCGUGAAAGGGAGGAGUUAGAGAAACAAAGGGCUCAUGAGCGAUACAUGAGGCUGCAAGAACAAGGGAAAACAGAACAAGCUAGGAAAGACUUGGAACGAUUGAGUCUCAUCCGCCAGCAAAGGGAAGAAGCUGCGAAAAAGCGAGAAGAAGAAAAGGCUGCCAAGGAGCAGAAGAAAGCAGAAUCUCGGAAAUGACCAUAGGAGGAAAGUAUCAACAAUUAGUGCCCUCCAUAAUAUGCUAGAAAGAACUUGCUAGUCGGCCUAUAAUAUUCCUAUCUUGGUGGACAAUGUUAUUGGUUUUGAAAAGCAAAUAGAUUAUUUCAUGCUUUUUAGAAAGUUGAACUUUAAUUUGUAUACAGAAUAUUUUGAUUGUAUUGUAUUUGAACAUCCAGCAGUAGCAUUUGAUGCUAUUCUGAAUUCCAAUUCUCAAACCUAUUUGUUCGCAGCUUA